AUGACCCGCCAACGCAUCCACGAUGACCCAUAUGACUCACGAGUCAUCGACGACCUAUACGACACAGACGCAUCUUUCUCCGCAGUAGGGGAUGCGGAUGCUGACGACUUCCUUGACGUGUACGAGGAUGUAUCCAGCCCAGAGAGCGACGUGAUGGAUGUAGAGGACUUCAGUGAUGACGAUUCCAAUGUUGCAGAUCAAGUCUACCUCUUCGCAGGGAAUGUUCAUCUGCUGGAGUACUACCAGAAGGCGCUACGAGAGUUCAAGGAGAGUGCUUUUAAUGUCGGAGAUUACAGUCCUGGAAGCACUAUACAACUUAACUCAAUCAAGAAGCAGUGGCGGACGUUCUGUACCGACGUUGUGGGACGGGAUCCCCAGACUUGCCUCGAGUCUAUUGAUAUCCGUCUCCUCUAUAACUUUUUUGAUUGGUCCUUGAACCAAAUAGUUACCGACGUUAGUGAAGCACUCUGUAACCUGACGCUAGACCACACCAACUCGACCCCUUUCCAAAAGCAUUACCUCAGUCACGCUGUUUGCGCAGACCUGUGGGAAAUCCUUUGCGGCCAGAAGCCGCAACAAGCACUAUUAAAACAAUCCUGCAGUGUCGGUCAUUCAAUGAGCCAGCGGCGGCCAGUCGAUCUUACUCCUAAGCAAGCGGUGUAUGUUAACACAGAUCCCAAUGUGACGCGGCUUACAAGACAACUCAAGAACCUACGACUAGGGACGAAACAGCAGAUCGAUGCACAACGGGAACUUCGAAAUCUAAAGCAGAGGCUGAAGAGGUUGCUCCUCAAAAAGAUCCGAGAAGACUGGACAGACGAGCAGGCAAUAGAUGACAUCGAACACCAAUUGCAGGGCGUCGCAUUCACCAAGCCCGUACCGGCGGACAUAACCUAUUGUCCGCAACUUCCAGCGCAGAAACGACUAGUCAAGGCCCUGACUGCGCCUGUCGACCCUACUCUCGAAGGCCAAUAUCGACGAAGGGACGAUGCUAUCAAUGUCAUCAUUACUUAUUGUAGCGUUGAGGAAGGACGAACUUCACGUCGCAAAUUCACCUCACCGACCAAGGAAGCACAAUCCAAACCCACGCAUGGGCCCCCAGAAGAUAACCCCCUGUCUAUUGCUAGGCUGUCUGUAUUUGUCCGCAAUGACAGAGAAAGACCUAAGAGAUGCUUUCUAUGCAUUGGAGCCGCGCUUUCUCUAGAGCCUGAUGAUCCUCGUGCGGAAGCUCUCAUGUAUGAAUUCUACACCCCCAGAGAUCUUACGAAGCACUUUAAGCGGAAACAUUUAUCCCUUUUGGCACAAGAUUCGAAACCAGAAUAUAAAGUCUGCGACUUCACAUUGUCUUCUAAGAUGCAUCUACAAAACCAUGCCUUGCGGGUUCACGGCACCGUGUCAUAG